GCUUCCUCCUCAUGACAUCAUAUCUUAUAGGACUUUACCACCUACAGCAAGAAAGGAUGCUGUACUAACCAUUAACCAGCAGUGAGUGAUGUGCCAUUCCAGAUGUCAACAUGGUUAAUACAGGAGAUAUAAAUGGUUCCAGCAACCUUAUGGAUUUCCUUGAUGAACCUUUUCCUGAUGUUGGGACAUAUGAAGAUUUCCACACCAUUGACUGGUUAAGAGAGAAGUCACGUGAUACAGACAGGCAUAGAAAGAUCACAAACAAGAGCAAGGAAUCGGUAUGGGAAUUUAUUAAAGGCCUUCUGGAUGCCUGGUCAGGAUGGGUUGUUAUGCUACUUAUUGGCCUUCUAGCCGGCACGUUGGCGGGCGUUAUAGACUUAGCUGUGGACUGGAUGACUGAUCUGAAAGAGGGAGUAUGCCUGGCCGGUUUCUGGUACAGCCAUGAGCAGUGCUGCUGGACCUCCAGCGAAACAACAUUUGAUGACCGAGAUAAAUGUCCUCAAUGGCAAAAAUGGUCUGAGCUUAUGAUUGACCAUACUGAGGGUGCCAGUGCAUACAUUCUGAACUACUUCCUCUACAUUAUGUGGGCAUUGACGUUUUCCUUCUUGGCAGUUACUCUGGUUAGAGUUUUCGCUCCUUAUGCAUGUGGAUCUGGAAUUCCUGAGAUAAAAACCAUCCUUAGUGGUUUUAUCAUUCGUGGAUACCUGGGAAAGUGGACACUUUUAAUAAAAACAGUAACAUUAGUCCUUGUAGUAUCAUCAGGCCUAAGCCUUGGAAAAGAAGGCCCUUUGGUACAUGUGGCCUGUUGUUGUGGCAAUUUCUUCAGCAGCCUUUUCUCUAAAUACAGCAAAAAUGAAGGCAAGAGAAGAGAGGUACUUUCAGCAGCAUCGGCUGCUGGGGUUUCGGUUGCCUUUGGAGCUCCAAUUGGUGGAGUGCUUUUUAGUUUGGAAGAGGUGAGCUAUUACUUUCCUCUGAAAACUCUUUGGCGUUCUUUUUUUGCUGCCCUGGUUGCUGCUUUUACACUAAGGUCCAUCAACCCAUUUGGAAACAGCCGUCUGGUUCUUUUUUAUGUGGAAUACCAUACUCCUUGGUAUAUGGCUGAACUUUUUCCAUUCAUUCUACUUGGUGUCUUUGGAGGACUUUGGGGAACACUUUUCAUCCGUUGUAAUAUUGCUUGGUGCAGGAGGCGCAAAACCACUAUUCUCGGCAAGUAUCCAGUUUUGGAAGUCAUCGUUGUUACGGCUAUAACUGCAAUCAUAGCCUACCCAAACCCUUACACCAGGAGAAGCACAAGUGAGUUAAUAUCUGAGCUUUUCAAUGACUGUGGAGCUUUGGAAUCUUCUCAGCUUUGUGAUUACAUUAAUGAUCCCAACAUGACCCGACCUGUAGAUGACAUUCCGGACCGUCAGGCGGGGACAGGUGUAUACACAGCAAUGUGGCAGCUAGCCCUGGCUCUGAUAUUUAAAAUUAUAAUUACUAUAUUCACAUUUGGCAUGAAGAUCCCUUCUGGUCUGUUUAUUCCAAGCAUAGCUGUUGGAGCCAUAGCAGGCCGCAUUGUUGGAGUUGGGGUGGAACAACUGGCUUACCAUCAUCAUGACUGGAUUAUCUUUAGGGACUGGUGUAGACCAGGAGCAGACUGUGUCACACCAGGGCUAUACGCUAUGGUGGGAGCAGCAGCCUGUCUAGGUGGUGUUACCAGGAUGACUGUUUCCUUGGUUGUUAUUAUGUUCGAGUUGACUGGUGGCUUGGAGUAUAUUGUACCACUGAUGGCAGCCGCAGUUACCAGCAAAUGGGUAGCUGAUGCAUUUGGGAAAGAAGGAAUAUAUGAAGCACACAUCCAUUUAAAUGGUUAUCCAUUCUUGGACGUCAAGGAUGAGUUUACCCAUAGAACGUUGGCAACAGAUGUCAUGAGACCUCGUCGUGGGGAGUCACCUUUGUCUGUUCUUACCCAGGAUAGCAUGACAGUAGAGGAUGUGGAAACUCUAAUCAAAGACACAGAUUACAAUGGUUUCCCUGUUGUGGUUUCCAAAGAUUCUGAACGUCUAAUCGGUUUUGCCCAAAGAAGAGAACUGAUAAUUGCAAUAAAGAAUGCAAGACAGCGACAAGAUGGGGUAGUAAGCAAUUCCAUAAUAUAUUUCACAGAAGACCCUCCAGAGGUCCCUACUAACAGCCCACACCCACUUAAGCUAAGGUUUAUACUUAACCUCAGUCCGUUUACUGUGACUGACCACACGCCCAUGGAGACUGUAGUGGAUAUCUUCAGAAAGCUUGGACUUAGGCAGUGUCUUGUUACACGCAGUGGGAGGCUUCUGGGGAUUAUAACAAAAAAAGAUGUAUUACGACACAUGGCUCAAAUGGCAAAUCAGGAUCCUGAAUCAAUCAUGUUCAACUAGACUGGCAAUGAGCUGAGAUGAUAACUCUGUGGAAGCCAUUAGAGUAAAUCUCUUCAAAGGACUGAUGCCCGUUAUGUUCAACAAGAACCAAUUCAGGAAGGGCAAACGUUAGUGGCAUUUUGAGGCUACGGUUUGCAGAAAUAAAUAAUGGUGACGUCUCAAAAGUUUUGGCUGACUAAAAUGUGGGCGCGAGCCAUUGUAUGUAGGAUAAACAUAUUGCAUAAACGAUGAACAGAGUUCUAAGCUCGCAAACAACAAUGUGAGUUCAUCAACAUGUUAUAUCUAAGUAUUGGGUAUCAUGCAUGUGAGUGGAUGGUUGUGUGUUUUCUUGCUUAGCUUCACACGAUAUCAAACCACUUACAUACUGCAAAAGACAUCUAGACAAAUAUUGUGUCUAUUAAUAUAUAUUUGAGUAAUUUAAUUGUUUAUUAAAACUCACACUACUAUUAAAUAGUGGCAAACUUGUUAGGAACCUAAUAACUCCUGGAACUGAAUCCUAAGAUCUUAAAGUUGAGUAUUUAGGAACAUAAAUAUAUUUGUUAAUUUAUGUUUUCUCUUUGGCUGCAAAAUAAUUAUUUAUGUUUUAACUGUGAUGAUACUAUGGUUUUACGGUUCUAAUUCCUUCUGGAAAGUAAAUAUUUCACAUUUUCCGUUAUCGCUUGCUGGGUGACUGCACAUAAUAAUGGUUAUUUGCACUAGCUGUUUCUACUUUAAUACAAAAUGCAUAAUAUAUCACAUGAUCAAAUAGUGCAAGAUGAGAGGUGAAGUUCAUAUAUUGAUUUUUUUUAUCUUAUCAACCUCUUUGAUUUCCCUUGAUUAAGACAGAAGUCAAAAGAUAUGUCACCUUUUUACAAUAUGGUAUCACUGUACACUGGUAAAGGGACAGUUUACCCUACAUUUUUCCCUUUAAUUUGUUUCCAAUGAUCCAUUUUACCUGCUGGAGUGUAUUUAAUUGUUUACAAAUAGCUCCUUUUACUUUAUGUUCACAUUUGAAUUAGCUUAUUUUUCCUGUGGCAUCCCUACCUAUACUGGAAGUUUCUAUACUUAAGUAUUGGCUAUAAAAAAGCUGUGUAAGCAUAGCCAGCAGAAUACAUUACACUCCCAGUGGGAGGUAGAAAAGAUAAGCAAUAACAUGUUCAUUUUCAAUUGUUGUAUUGAGCUUUGGGUUACAAAGAUAAUAUAAAGAAGCAUGUGUGUGUGCAGAAAGUGAUAAACUAAGGAUAUCUGAUUUCUCUGAAAGCUCAACCCAUUUUGAUAGGUUGUGGAUUCAAAGAAAAAAAAAUGCUAUUUCAAAUACAAAAAAUAAACAUAAAUGAGCAAUUUCUUAUACAUGUUAUACUCCGCAGCUGGUAUAACAAGUCAUUGGAAACACAUUAAGGUAAAAACAAUUUUACUGUACACUGUCCCUUUAAAAUCUCCCUAUUCUAACAAAGUAAAUUAAUGUAGUCAUUAAUUUUAAAUAAGGCUUUAAGAUAAUCAUCUAAAUGUUUGUGUACAAUAAGUUCAUUCUCUGUGCAGAACGUAGAUAUAUAUAUUGUUUAAUAUAUGCAGUACAAGGUGAGCUCAAUUCAUAACACUCCAUUUGGAUGAUGUGUUUAAAGUUAUCCUUGAUAAAUCUACUGACAAGCCCAGAACUGAUAGCACUCAAUGGUAUGAUGCAAAAUGGCUGUCAUUCCAUAAUGCUGCAACUCCCUGGCACGAGGGAAGCAGUGGAGUCUUUAAACAGUAAAUAAAUUCUAGAUACAAUUAUAAAUUUAAAAUGAAAAUUAGCCUGAAAAUAGUAUGCAGGUGUAUUAAAAUACUGAAGAAACAAGUGUAUAAAUGUAGUAUCUAUAAAGUAAUAGACACUGCCAUGUUGAAACCUAGGUUUCCUUUUGUUCUGCUGAAAACAGGGACAGAUUUGAAAAAAGUCAAUAAAGUGUACAAACAAAGGUGGUGUAGAAUAUAGCAAUGUUAAAGGGACUUUAUCAGCUCAUCUAUAACUAAUACUAACUGUCCUUCGCAGGGGAUAUAAGAACAGGCUUUUCAUUUUUGAAUGACACUGCAGCAGCUUUAAGUGGAAAGUCCACAAUUUUCAAUGUUAAAUUACAGGAAAGGGGAACAAAAUAGAUAUUGAAAUAAUACUGCAAGAUUAUUUUUUAUUAGAAGCGAUUAAACAUUUUAUUUUACCAACUCAAAGUGUUUAAUGUUUGAAAAAGACAAGUCUGCACUUGGGAUACAUAAUAGGUAUGCAAUAGGUAUAUAGCAAUACUGGUGAUGGAGUGCAAAAAGGCAAAAAUAGACAAAAAAGAAACAAAAUCUCUCAGAAAAAACACUCUCAUAUAAAUAGUAUAAAUGUAUUAAACCAUGUGUAUAUUCUACAUAGCAAAAAUAGUAAAAUAAAUAAAUACAAGAAAUGAAAAAACUAAUUUUAAAAUUGCCAUAAAUAAAUUGGUCUCUGAGGAAGUGCAUGCGCGAAACGCUUCAGUUCAGAGGGAGUUCCCUGCUGAAUUGUUUCAACACCAAUAAACUAUUGAUGCUGACUGGCUUUAAGGUCUCAGCCCCGCUUCUUUCUUUUUUUUUUAAACUUUAUUUUUCAAACAAAGGUUGCCAUGAAUUAACAAACAAUUUCUGAACAAAUAGACAAAUGUGACUUCAGUACAAUGAAUCUCAUUCCAUCUUAAGUCCAACCUGGCAAAACCUUCUUUUCCAAAUUUCCUUUUCAGUAUACCCUCUUUCCCAACCUCCAUCCACCAAUCUCUCCCUCCCACACUCAGAUUUACCUCCUCUCUCCCUCACCAACAGUUCCAACACAUUAGUUUUUGAUGUAUAGAUUAAAUAGUAUCAAUGUGAUCCCUGAUCCUCUCUGUGUAAAGAAAGUUCUAGCUACCCUUGAAACGUUCCCCUAGUAAGAACUCAGUGUUUCUAAGAGGAAAUAAUAUACGUGUCUGUAUGGAGAUAUCCAACGUGCGUAUGUAUGGUUCCCAUUUCCUUAUGAAGAAUCUUUCAGUCCCGCUUCUUAUUGUGGUUUCUAAAAAAAAAUAGAGACAAUGAAGAAACUCAUUUUAAAAUUGCCAUAAAUAAACAUGAAGGGGAUCCCCAUUGCACACCUAAAAUAAUAUUAAUAUUGUAAUAUAAAUCCAUGAAACAUACUAUAAACCCACUAGAUUGUAAAAGUCACAUAAUCUGAAAGAUCGAAGAUCAAAAUGAUAAGAGCAAAAUUGUUUAGACUCAGCAAACAAACAGAUACAUAUAGUUAUAACUAUUGCAAACCUGUCUAUCCAGUAAACGUGCUGUUUGUCUGCUCAGAGACUACUCAUAGUUACUAUUUUUGCUAUGUGGAAUAUACACAUGGUUUAAUGCUUUCUAAGAACUGUUUAAUUUGCCUUUAAUUGGCUUCAGCAGAGGUUAAAAGGUAGAAAAAUGCAAAACAAUGCAAGUUUUGAUAACAAAAUGACUGUGAUUAUCUUGUCCAGUAACAAGUCUGCAUUGGCUCCUCCAAAUAAAUCAAUGAAGGGGGAAUUUGUUUUUUGAAAAAUUAAUGCACUAAAGAUAUUAUUAAUGGAUUUAGAAAGUUUUUACAUUAGGCUGGUAUUAUUACAAAACCAUACACAAAUCUUUUAACCUUUUAAAGCCGUUAUGACGUUCUAUUCCGUCAUAAUUAGACUGGGCUUUAAAGCCAUUAUGACGGAAUAGAAUGUCAUAGCUAACGGCUGUCCUGAAGCCUUCUGUGCUUCAAGGAUUUAAUCGCGGUCUGGAGGGCGUUCCUAGGAUUGUAGGGACGCCCCCCAGAUGCAAUCCAAUAAUUGAAAUCUCGCGAUCGUAUGCACAAUCGCGUAGUUUCAAUUUGUCUACAUCAGAACAGUUGUUCCAAUGUAGGCACUUUAACCCUGUCACGAAAGGGUUAAUAGAAAAAAAGUUGUUGUUCCUUUAACUCAGAGAUGUAUAAGACUUGUAAGUACUCAUGUAAGUGUGUUUGUUUGUGUUUGCAGAAUGGUUGAGAAGCUUAACUGAAGCUUAUUAUCAUCUUGUUCUAACAGCAUUAAAAUUAACCAACAGAUUUAUUCAGCUACUUUUUUCCUAAAGCCUGUUUCCGAUUAUUUUAUCCACUCAGUAUUUUAGCUCAGGGGAUAUUUAAAAGAUGUAAAAGAAGCAUCUCAGUAAAGUUGUAAUUUAUUGAAAGGAUUAUAUAAACAGAACUGGGUCAGAUUAAUUAAGAAUUCUGUUUUACAUAAUUAUGCACAACUGUAGCAAGAAACCUGAAAAGGGUGUUUUGAUGCGUAUCACAUUUACGCAUUUUGUAUUAAGUAAAAAGCUUUUCCAUCACUUCAGAUUGAGCCACAAAAUGUUAAAUCAAUGAUGAAUUCUAAAAUAUUAUAGAUGGCGCUAUAUUGUAGAACACAGAUGAUUAUUUUAUGGGAACACCAUUUUUGACACUUACUUUAGGACAGUGCUGUUUGUAUACCUACAUGCUGAUGGGUUAGGAACAUUAAAGGCUACAUUAUGAGUGGAGCAGUAGUUUACACUCCUGCUCGCGCGUUAACUCUGCUAGAGUUUAGCUUUUUGCGCUUGUCGGGUAGCACACAUUACAAGUUGAAAGUAAAGAUUUUUCACUCGUGCACUAACAAAACACUUCCAAAAAGCUGGACACACCAAACAAGUUGCACAAACCCGAUCACAUUUUCUCAAGUGUGGUAACCCGACAUGAAAUAUUAAUAUUUACAUUCCAAUGUUCUUCACAUAGAAGAAUGUGCUCUAUUUAUUCAUAAAUACAUAUUUAUAUAUAUACCUGAUGUUUGUUUCUGUAAAAUAUAAAUCUAAACCUAUAUAUCUAUAUGAUUAUAUGUAGGUAUAGAUAUAUACAGAUAUAUAUACAGUAUAUAGGAGUAUCUAAAAUACUUAGAACAUAUUCCCCUAUGUGAAGAACAUUGGAAUAUUAAAUAUUUACAGUAAAGAAAUAGUUAACCACUUUAUUAAAUAUGACUAUUGCAUAAAUAUGAUUUUACAUGUUGUUAGCUACUUGACUACAAAGGGCUCCAAUGCACUUUUCUUUAAACUUGUAAUAUGCGUUCUACUUUAAAUGCGUGUAAAAAGCCGUGAUAAACCCACUCGUUAUCUAGCCCUAAAUGGGCAUUACAUUCCUCUGGCUUUUGUGUGAAAUUUUGCUUUGUCCUACACUCCCUUAGAAAGGCCAAAAAGCAAAAUCUGCAACAUAGGUUUUCAAAACGCUGUAAACUGCCUAAACACACUUCUAGGGAAUGUGAGCAAAAGCACAUUUGUUUCCACAAAAGAAAGAAAUGUUUAAUGUCCUUUUAUAUAAAAUACAUAUGUUGAUAUAAUGUGGUACAUCCAUUUCUUAGCUGAAUUAAUUGUAAAUGUCACUCUUAUUGCCCUAGUCAUGCUUUUACUAGAGAUAACUGCAACAUAGUCAUAUUUUAUGCCACAAAUCUGAGCUAGAAACCAGAGAUAUAUUCCUUCAUUUUAUUGGAAAUUGCAAACUCUGCCUGAUAGUAACAACUAGAGUGUUGUAGUCUUAAAAAUAACUUUUAUGCUGAUACUAUGCCAAUAUAUAAUUGUACCAAUACUUUUGUAAAAAUUACAAAUGUGAAAAAACAACUAUAAAGCAGGAAGAAUAAUAAGUGAAAUAUACAAAUGUGAGAUUGAAUAAACAAACCUUCACUGUAGCAAUAGCAGCAAUACACAGCAAAAAAUACUAUUAAUAACAGUAAUUAUGGGUUAUAAAUGGAAGCAAACAAUAACUAACUAUAAGCUAAAGGGAUAUGAAACCCAAAAAAAUUAUUUUGUGAUUCAGACAGAGCACACAAUUUUUAAAAUGUUUCCAAUUUACUUCUAUUAUCAAAUUAGCUUCGUUCCCAUGAUAUUCUUUGUUGAAGAGAUACCUAGGUAGGCAUCUGAAGCAGUAUAUGGCUGCCAUCCAGUGUCCUAGCAAAUGGAUAGCAUUCUUGCAAAACUGCUGCAAUAUAGUGCUCCACAAAUGGGACAGCUCCUAAACAUUCAGUAUGUCCUUGUUUUUCAUCAAAAGUAGAAAGAAAAAUUUAUCACAGAUGUAAAUUGCAACAUAUUUUAAAAUUGCAUGCUCUAUCUAAAUCAUGAAAGAAAAUUGUGUAUUUCAUAUCCCUUAUAUAAAAAACAACAAAUAGCAAUACAAUAUUAUCAAAGUAUCAUCACAGUAUUAAUAUAUAGUAUAGUAAGACUAGAUAAUUACAUAUCUGAAAGACAUUUCACAAAGAAGUGCGUUCAUCAAUAAAAGCUUUGUAAAUGGACUUUAUUGCAUGGAAACUAUAAUGUGCUAUUGUUGAUUACUUUACUAAAACAUAUUAAAAGAGUAAUAAAGCAAGAGGUUGAGGGAAACUUACCCAUGACACAUGCUACACAUGCUGUCAGUGACGGUUCUAGACCUUACUAUCGGGGGCUAACAAAGAUGAUUAAAAAGAUAAUAUAAAAAGCUAUAAUUGGCAGUAAUGGGGUGUGAUUUACAUUUUUUAUUUAAAUGCCACUUGUUUUCCCUUUAACAACACAAGAAAACCUAUUUCAAUGCAGUCUGCAAAAAAAAGAAGUAAAAUGUUCAAGAUCAGCAGGCUAAAUCCUUAAUUAGCAAUUCAGAUAAAUUGUUUAACAAAUUGACAGUCCACUAAUGUAGUCAGAGGAAAAUCUCUAUCCAUAUCCUCAUACUACUUUCUUUUUUAUCUAUAAGCAGAAGCUGUUUAUUGUUUUUUACUCUCCAUUUAACUUCUGGAAAACACCCUCUACUGCUCUCAGUCUCCAGAGUUCUGUUGUUUCUAGUCACAUGGUCAGAGGGGUAAGAUUAAGCAAUACUGGACAGCUUCCCUCAUUCAGUUGAGCAGUGUUGGUUCUACAAGGUUUCGCGGUGUGCUUUCGAUUCCUAUUCUUUAUUGGAGUACCCCAAACCCUUACAUUUGCUAUGUGAUGCUAUUUUUUUACAGUUAUUUAAAAUAUAAAGUUAAAUAGGUAGUAUAAUGCACAAAUAAAAAAAGUUGUUAGUAUUAGUGUAAAAUGAUAAAACAUAGAUACAGGGGCACAACUAAACAUCAAUGGGCACAAGGGCGAAGACUAUGGGGUAGAAUUAAAAAGCAGCAAAUGCUGCAAUCUACCCCAUAGUUUACGCUGAAACAUAAGUUAAGAAACAGCGGUCUUAAGAAUGCUGCUCUUUAACUUGUCUGCCACCUCUGAGGCGGUGGAAAGCAAUCAGCCCGAUCGGAAUGUGCAGGGGGCGGUAUUGCAAAAGCAUUUCACUAGAAAUGCUUGUGCAAUUAUAGAUGCCGACAGCGUAUGCUGUCAGCAUUUAUCAUUGUGCAGCAGACAUGAUCCGCUACAGCGGAUCAUGUCCGCCCACGCAAUGAUUAUUUGGUCCCUUUCGCAGGGUGACCCUUCCCCCUGGUGCCCUUUCAGCAGAAACUGAGCCAGCAGCCAUGUAUGAGCAAGACGAGCUGCUUCUCUGUGAAAGGGGGUCAUCCAUCUCCCUUGGUUAGCCCACACCAGAAGAUAUGCUCUUCUGCUAACUUCCUGUUCAAGUAUGAUGGAAGGUUCUCUGAAUGGACACACUGAGCUGGCCAUCUUGGAAACCCUGCCGCCAUAUUUGUAAAGGAAAAUCCCUACACUUUCCAUACACUGUAAGCCCUGUUUUGCAAGAAGGGCACACAGAUGGAACCUGAAAAAUCUGAUGCAGGUGGAGCCUUGGCCCCACUUAUCCCACCUGUAGCAAAACCAAUAAUGAUUGCAGGGCCAGAAGGACUCUCUAGAGGUGUGGGCAUGGCCUCCUUUGAGACCUCUUGGAGCCCUGUAGUUACACAGCUACAUAUAUAAACAAACUUUAGAUAAGGUCAUUUUUGGUUGAAAUUUGCCUUUUUUGUAAAUGACUGCACUAAAACACUUUCUUGGAUUUUGAGCUUAGUCCUACUACUGUUAAUAUGCCAAUACUGUAUUUUGCAUAACUAAUAUUUAUUUAUAUUUUAGGAUGUGCUCUGAGAUUUCUUUCCCCAUUGUUGUUGCUAAUUUCAUUAUUUUAUUUUUGUAUUUAUAAUUAAAUAAAUCUAUAACAUUGCAUUUUUACUUUGCCAUUAGAUUUCAUGUACAUUAACGUCUUGGCAUAGUUGUUUAAAAAGUAUGUUUGCACUCUAUUUUUAAAUAAAAUCAAUAUAUUAUAA